AUGGAGUUGACUCAAGAAACAGAAACAACAAGGACUCGACCUUCACCACAAUCACCUUCAGAAAAUCAAAUCAAUUUUAAUUUUCAACAACUACAACACAUGCAAGCUGCCAAUAGUAUAGACAGACACUAUACACCACAAUUGAAGUUUACGAACUUUGCAGCUCAACCACCUAUUGUGACAAAGUAUGUUACUUCGAAAUUUUUAAGACACGAUAUUUCUUAUUUCAAUCGGGAUGAAGGAAAGAAAGAUUUAUCUGAUGAGCUAGAGUCAAAUAUCGGAUCGAAAGUAUUGGUGAUACAUCCAGGAUCAAGAUACCUUAGAAUCGGCCGCGCCUCUGAGGCAUUUCCUAUUGUUGUUCCACAUGUGAUUGCACGCAAAAUGAGGAAUAAAAAUGAGCCUGAAACACAGCUAGAAGAAGAAAGUAAAGAAAUCAAAGUCGAAGUUGAAACCGAAUAUGUUCAUCCUGUUCAUGUCGAAAUCAAAAAGGAAAAAGAAAAGAAAGAAAUAUAUGACGAGGAUGCUAAAGAAGCCGAAUCUUGUUCAAAUUCAGCGGGUUCUUCAGUCGCGACGGAAGAAGAAGAUGAAGAUGAGGAAUAUUUUAAACAAGCUGUCGGUGAAAUAAAAAAAGAAUUAAAAGAAAAGAUAAAGGCAUCUAAACGAAGACCUGUCGCCAAUGCACAAUCGCAAGUUCACUCAUUUAAUAAAUCUGUUCAUCCAGAGAUAAUUGCGGAUCAUAAUGAUCCUUAUCGAGUUGAUUGGACUUUGGUAGAUGAGGAUGCCGAGUAUUAUAUAGGAGAAAAGGCCCUUAGAUUGCUCGAUUCAGAUGAUUCUUUUAAAUUGUUUUAUCCAAUACAAAAUGGAGAAUUCAACACCAAGGAUUAUGAUUCCAUAAAAGCUGUAAUCGGAGAUCUAGAAACAAUUUGGGCUGAGACUAUUCGAGAAAAAGUUGGAAUUUCUCGAAAGAACUUCAGGACAUAUUCUGUAAUUCUUAUUAUUCCUGACAUAUACAAUCGACUAUAUGUGCUGGAAAUGGUCACAAUGUUACUACGAUAUAUGGGUUUCCAACGUGUUUUUGUAGCACAGGAAUCGAUAUGUGUAAGUUUUGGAGCUGGCAUGUCAGUAGCAUGUAUUGUUGAUAUUGGAGCCCAAACCUCUACCAUCUCGUGUGUCGAAGAUGGAAUGUGUAUUCCUGAUUCCAGGGUAUACCUUAAUUAUGGGAGUGAUGACAUCACGAAUUUUUUCAUUAGACUAUUGAAAAGAAGCAAGUUUCCAUAUGUUGAAAUGGAUUUAAAUCGUGCAUAUGACUGGUCGUUGGCUGAAGAAUUGAAAGAGAAAAUUUGUACAUUGGAUGAAGCCAAUCUUACUAUUCAAUUAAACGAGUUUUAUGUUAGAGCCCCUAAUAAACCUACAUUGAAGUAUCACAUUAAGACGUAUGAUGAUGCGAUUAUCGCACCAAUGCUCUUAUUUUAUCCUCAAGUAAUCAAUUUCAAUAAGAAACGAACCGAUUUUCCUCAAAAAUUCGCAUCUUAUACGAUUGAUGAUAUUACAGAUGGAGCUAUUACUAACAACGGAUUCUCACCAGGAUUAGUUAUGCCGAAACCAAAACUCUCCGUUGCAACACAAGCAGUUCAAAUGCGAACAUCUUUUCCUUCACCUUCACCUCAACCUCGUGAAAGUCCAGGAUCGACUACACCUCUUAGAAUGGAUAAUGCAGUUCCUACACCCUCGCCUAUUCCUGCAGCCGUAUUACCUACAACUCAACCUGCAUCUCCAUCAGUAUCGUCUACGGUUACACGUAUUCAUAAUGCUUUUCUUGUAGAUCCUGUGUCUGCUCUACCACUUGAUGAGGCAGUAAUUCAAGGUAUCAAUGCUGCGGCGACCGAAGAAAGAGCUAAAAAGUUUUAUUCGAGUAUACUUAUAGUUGGUGGAGGAGGGCUUAUUCCGGGAGUGAAUAAAAUGCUAGAAGAAAGGCUAUCUUCACGGCUAAUGCAUAAUACGGAUAAGUUUGAAGUUCUCACAUCACCUAGAGAUUUAGAUCCAAGAUUAUUAGCAUGGAAAGGUGGAUCCGUAAUGAGUAAAUUGGAAAUUUUGAAUGAAUUAUGGGUUAAUGCAGGGGAAUGGAACGAGUUAGGGGUUAGAUGUUUGAGAGAAAAAGCAUUUUUUAUUUGGUAA